AGGCGCGCAUAAAACUGACCGGCGCUUCGGCAGAUGCUACUAGUCUCUCGUCUGACGUGGUUCGCGGCAAAUGUUCAAUACGCGCGAGGGAAAAUUGUGCGGCGCCCGAGCACAGGAACACAGUUAGUACACACGUACGUGAGAGGAAAGUUCGCGCGUCUGACUGACGCGUCCGAUUUUUCGCCAAAGUGGAGCGAUUUUUCGAACAGCAGCGGAAACGAAUCCCAGUGAUCUAUCAUGAACAUCGAUGAGUUCCGGAUGCGCGGCAAGGAGAUGAUCGAGUACAUCUGUGAGUACAUCCGCACGCUCGAAGGCAAGAGAGUGACGGCGAACGUGGAUCCUGGUUACCUGAGACUUCUGCUACCGAAGGAGGCACCCCUGAAGCCGGAAUCAUGGGACGCCAUCAUGAGAGACGUCGAUGGCAAAAUAAUGCCCGGAAUCACUCACUGGCAGCAUCCGCGAUUCCACGCCUAUUUCCCGUCCGGCAACUCGUUCCCUUCGAUCUUGGGCGACCUGCUAUCGGACGCGAUCGGCUGCAUCGGCUUCUCGUGGGCGGCUAGUCCAGCCUGCACUGAGCUGGAGAGCAUCGUCUUGGACUGGUACGCCAAAGCGAUCGACCUGCCGGCUGAUUUCCUGUCGGAGCACAAGACCUCCACCGGCGGCGGGGUGAUCCAGGGCUCGGCGUCCGAGUGUAUCCUAGUGACGAUGUUGGCAGCGCGGCAUCAAACAAUAAAGAUGCUGAAAGAGCAAGAGCCAAAAGUGGAGGACUCCGCCUUCCUGCCGCGGCUGGUGGCCUACUGUUCCACGGAGUCGCACUCGUGCGUGGAGAAGGCGGCGAUGAUCAGCCUGGUGAAGUUGCGGGUGCUCGAGCCGGAUGAGAAGGCAGCGUUGCGCGGCAAGCGUCUCGAGUCGGCGAUCAGGGAGGACGUGGCGAACGGGCUGGUGCCGUUCUACGUGUCCACUACCUUGGGUACCACCGGCUCCUGCGCCUUCGACAACCUCGUGGAGAUCGGACCGGUGUGCAAGCUAUAUCCGAACGUGUGGCUGCACGUGGACGGCGCUUACGCCGGUAAUGCGUUCAUCUGCCCGGAGAUGCGGCCGUUCAUGGCCGGCAUUGAAUACGCGGACUCCUUCAACACGAAUCCCAACAAGUGGCUGUUGGUGAACUUUGACUGCUCUUGCCUGUGGGUGCGUAACAGGGUGAAGCUCACGUCAGCCUUGAUCGUGGACCCGCUAUAUCUUCAGCACGCGCGUUCAGGAGAGUCGGUGGACUAUCGUCACUGGGGCAUCCCUCUCAGUAGACGCUUCCGAGCGCUGAAACUCUGGUUCGUGCUGCGCUCGUACGGCAUCAGCGGUCUGCAGAAGUACAUCAGAAAUCACAUCAGAUUGGCGAAACGAUUCGAGUCGCACAUGAAGAAAGACCGGCGCUUCGAGAUCCUCAACGAUGUGCGGGUCGGCUUAGUGUGCUUCAGGCUAAAGGAAAGCGAAGAAAUGAAUCAGGAGCUGUUGGCGAACAUCAACGCUAGCGGCAGACUGCACAUGAUACCGGCCCGCGUUAUGGGCAAGUACAUUCUUCGCUUCUGCGUGACAAAGGAGGACGCCACCGAAGAGGACAUCGACUAUGCGCUCAACAUUAUUGAGGAGCAUGCCACGGAAGUGAUGCUGGCGCAUUACGAGGGCACGGAGGACGAGUAUAGGGCCAAGGGACCCAAGAGCCCGUCCGCUUUGGACAAGAAACUCGUCCGGAAGUUCAGCUUCACCAGAAGUGUCACCAGAGACGUCUACAAAAGGUCCAUUUCCAAGUCCAGCCUGCACGACGGCGCGACACCCAUCAUGGUCGUCGACGACAAUUCACAGGUCAACGCUAUCGAGGACGAUCAUUUCCAUAACAGCAGGUCGUGACGAUGUCGAUGACGGUCCCCUGCGCCGACUCGGGACGAGGUGGACGAUAAUAAGAAGGGCCCUCGGUACACAGCCGUGUGAUUUGGAAACACUGACGGCCUGCCGUAGCCGAUUUGCCGAUUCCCGACGUCACGUUUGUCGAUAAGUGACUAUUCACGUCGCCACGUAAAAUGUUUGGCCAAGUUGUCCGUUUCGGAUCAAGUUCACUGGAUUGUUAUUCGAGACAAUCGCUCGAUGAUGUCAAGUGAUCGAUGUAUUCUUUCGAAUAUGAAUGAUUCUUCGUGUGGCGACAGACUGUGUCGAUGAUGCAUUUCGAUAUUGAGACAAGUUCUCUAAUAAAGAGUAUCGAAGAUUGUGAAAUUCUUAAGCUCUCUUUUCGAACGAUUCUAAAUCCGCAAUGAAAAUCGAGAGACGCAAUCUCAUGUAAAAUUUCACACGUCGCGAUAUAAAAAAAAUGCCCAUAUGAAUAUAGAAAAUACCCUUUUGCCUAUCUUUAUUAUUGAUUUAUU